AUGCUCAAUAGUCAGUUAGAUAAUAUGAUGGUAGUGGGUGUUGAGAAUUCCAGUGUUCUUUCAUCUCCUGAAGUUUUAGAUGAAGAUGAGUUUUUAGAUGAGAGUGAAGUCAAGGUUGAUGAUACUACAAGAAAAUACCAACAGUGUUUGAAUACGUUUGUUGGAGGUGAUCCUAUUAAAUGUAUUGAAUUGAUGAAUAAGUAUGGGUUUUUGGAUCAGAAUUUAAUGGAGGAUAGUGACAUUCCAAUUUUGGAAUUAUUUUUUAAUGUUUGUGAAAAUAUCCCUAAUUUUAAAUCAAUUAAAUCGGAAGAUUUUGUUAUUGUUGAGUCGAUUUUAAAUAAAUAUUUGGAAGAUAAUGAUUCUAGUCUAAACAAUGAUUUGACAUUAUAUGUGAAGUUUUUGAAAAGCUACAUUAAAUUUUUAAAAUCUGACAGUAUUAAAGAUAAUGAAGUCAGAAGUAUUGAUUUAGGUUAUAAAGUUAAAAAUGUAAUCGCGAAGAUUAACGUUGAAAGUUCUGAAGAUGUUCAUAUGGAGAUAUGUGAAAUGAUUGAAAUUUAUUUUGUUCAUAUAGAGAUAAAACUACAAGAGAAUAGUUUAACUACUAGUCGUUAUGAACUUUUCUGCAAAUCAAACCCAGUGAUACAUCAAUUGUUAAAUACUAAAACAAAGAAUGGCCAAACUUAUUAUAAUAUGAUUAUGAAUCAAUUGACCCCAAAGGAUCAGAAAGUAAGUAAAAAAUCAAAGCCAACAGUUUCAUCACAGCAACACCAACAUCAACAUCAACACCAACAUAAUCAUAAUCAUAAUCAACAUCAACAUAAACGUAGUAAUUCUAAUAAUAAGACAAUGGGAGAUAAAAAGGAUAAAAAUGCUGAACAAAGUUCCAAUAAUCAGUCAUUAACUAAUCAAAUCUCCAGAACUCUAAGAAGAUUAUCUAUUUUCUACAAUAGACUAGAAAUUUCUCAUAGAUCUUUAAUUGUCAUUAUAUUAUUAAUAGUAACGUUAUCCAGAAGAUUAAGAUUUUUAGGAAAAGCAAAGGAUCUUAUCCUAAAUAUCAAAGGUAAACUAGCGCCAUCAUUAAUGCAACUAUUGAACAUUCUAGCAAGUGUUUAA